AUGCCUUCCUCCAAUCUAAAUACUACACCUUCCCAGGUGGAUCGUGAUAAUGCCUCGUUCCUGUCCCCCAUCGCAUACGACGACGACGCUUCAUCCCUUCACUCCCGCAGCGACCAGGACACCGAUACCGACGAUGACGAACUUAUUUCGCGUGCGAGAAACAGCAGAGAACUGCGCGCCCACGAUCGCAUCGUCUUGAUGGAAGAGGAAGAUAUUGAUCGGCUCGUGACGGACUCGCGACAAAAGAAAGAGCGAGAGCGACGUGGCUCGGGUCUUGCUGUGCCCAAUUUAGGGAAGAUGUUUGGUCGUCGCGGAAGCAGUUCAGGAACCCGGUCAGUCAACAGCUCAACUGAAAAUCUUGUGGUCGAGAAACGGAGUACCCGACGUCAGCGAAGGCAAAAGAAGCGAGAAAAGCUCGUAGAGCAUGCGGAACAUGGCGAAGAUGGAGAAUUGAUGUACGAGAUGGAAGAGGGUGGCAUGAAGGAGGGAAGCUCAACAGGCGAGAGCAGCGAAAGGGACGAUAGUGACGAGCUUGAUCGACAUCAUCUCAACUUGAUUGCCGGAGCGAAAGACCAACGGCGUCGCAGUUGGCGCCGGUGGGUCUUCAUACAUACACUUAUUGCGAUCGGUUUCGCCAUAUUGCUUCUCUUGGCCUGGAAGCUUUCAAAGAAUCGCAAGAGCAAAUAUGUCAAGGUGAACCAGACUCUGGUCAGUAACGGAACUGCCCUCUUUGCGCCGACAUCUCUUAUCAUCAGCCUGGACGGUUUCCGCGCUGAUUUUCUGCAGAGGGGCCUUACACCUAUGUUGAACUCAUUUGUUGCUGAAGGUGUAUCGCCAAAGUGGAUGCAUCCAUCUUUCCCAUCUGUCACCUUUCCAAACCAUUAUACCUUGGCGACUGGCUUGUAUCCCGAGAGCCACGGUAUCGUUAGUAACACCUUCUGGGACCCCGAGCUCCAAUCGCAGUUCUACUACACCCAUCCGGCACAGAGUCUGGACCCAAAAUGGUGGGGAGGAGAGCCUUUCUGGGUGACAGCAGAGAAACAAGGGAUUCGAAGUGCUAUCCAUAUGUGGCCUGGCAGUGAAGCACAUGUUCUUCAUACUGAACCAAGCUUGAUGGACAAAUUCAACGGCAAGGAGACACUGGACAACAAGGUCUUGAGAAUUAUGCAAUUCCUCGAUAUGCCUGGCUUUGAAGACAAGACUUUGGACGCCAGCGACGUGCGACCUCAACUGAUUGCCGCCUAUGUCCCGCACGUGGAUCGCGAUGGUCACAAAUUUGGCCCCAACACUACUGAGAUUCGCCAGACUAUUCAGGAUGUGGACGGCAUGAUGGGAAAGAUAUUCCACGGUCUCGAAGAACGCAAUUUGACAGAUAUUGUCAACGUGAUCGUGGUUUCGGAUCACGGUAUGGCAUCGACUGACAUCUCACGUCUCAUUCAACUUGAGGAUCUGAUUGAUGCGGACAAGAUUGAGCAUAUUGACGGCUGGCCUCUGUAUGGCCUUCGCCCCAAAAACCCCGAAGACUUGCAAGGUCUUUAUGACGAGCUAAAAGAGAAGUCGAAAUCAAACCCGAACUUCCAGGUUUAUCUCCGCGAUGUAGACAUGCCUGAGCGAUACCACUUCUCCAAGCAUCAUCGCAUUGCUCCUUUGUGGGUUGUUCCUGAAACAGGAUGGGCUAUUGUUACCAAAGAUGAGUUCGAUGUCGAAGAGGGAAAGAAGAAGAAACUUGUUUACCAUCCUCGAGGUCUUCAUGGAUAUGAUCAUGAGCAUCCUUUGAUGCGGGCCAUUUUUAUCGCUCGGGGCCCUGCGUUCCCUCAUCCGGCCAACAGCCAAAUCGAAGUUUUCCAAAACAUCGAAGUGUACAACAUGCUGUGUGACUCUGUGGGCCUGACACCAGCCCCCAACAACGGAACACUGCGGCUUCCUCUGGCGCCCAUUGGUAUUCACAAGCCUGAAGAUGCACCAGGAGAACCCGAAGAUCCUCCGUCUUCUUCCAAGGAGCCGGCUCGUCCAACUAUCCCAGAAAAGCCGACCCAACCCGAACGCCCGACGGUUCACCAGAAGCCUACUCAACCUGAGCGGCCCACAGUGCCAGUCACACCUUUGCAGUCUACAACGACAACGGUCUCGCUUAAGAAGCCAGCAAAGCCAUCCAAGUCAGCAGCCACCUCCAAAGGAAGCGAUGGCAAGGAUGAAGACAGUGAUAGUGACAGUGACGACGAUGAUGAUGGCAAAGACGAAGGCAUCUGGGAUUGGCUCACUCACAAGGUGGAGAAGGUUUGGCAUAAGAUUACUGGGGAUGACUAG